AGAGUCGAGGAGAGGAUCACAGAGAGGGAGUUUGCCCGAGGCUGCUCAGGGACAAGGGUAAGUCUGAGGGUUCUGGUGCCUCUGACGCAGCUCAGACGCAUUUCUCUCUUCACUCAGCCCUGCUGCAGAAGUGUCAGGAGGAGAAAUCCCAGCAGUGCUGGGCUACAGACGCUCCAGGCACUCGCCAUCAACCUCUUCUGGAUCCAACAUGGCACAGCCAGAAACUGUCCCCAAGGAGAAAGCGUGCAUGCUGUGCCACCGCACCCAGGCCGACACCGACAUCUGUGGGGACAAGACAGUGCAGUGCCAGCUCUGUGUCCACACCUACUGCCAGAUCCUCGCCACUGGGCUUUUCCCACAAGAGGACACUGGACACUUCCUCCUCGAGGACACCAGGCACAUCAUCAGAGAAGCAGCCAAGAAGAGCUGCUUCAUCUGCUGCAAGAUGGGGGCCAGCAUCACCUGCUGCCACACCAGCUGCCAGCGCACCUUCCACCUGCCCUGCGCCCCGGACGGCGAAUGUGUCACCCAGUACUUUGGUGCCUACAGGUCCUUCUGCUGGGAGCAUCGCCCACAGCAGGCACUGCAGCCACGUCCAAGCCAGGACAACACCUGCAGCAUCUGCCUGGACACCGUGGAUGACAAAAUCUCCUACACAACCAUGGGGUGCCCCGCGUGCCAGGACGCCCGCUUCCACCGGCACUGCAUCCAGAGACUGGCCCUGCACUCGGGCAUCGCCUUCCGCUGCCCGUGCUGCCUGAACCAAGAGCUGUUCAUGAUGGAAAUGCUCACCAUGGGGAUCCGGCUCUCCAAGAGACCCCCUUCAUGGGAGAGUGACCAAGAGGUCGGACCCUCAGAUCAGAGGCACGGCCGCUGCGAUGCCACAACGUGCCUGUGUCCAGGAGGCAGGGAGCACGCGGAGGCAGACGGACCCUGGCAGCUGUGGCUGUGCAGCUCCUGUGCUGCCAAGGGCAUCCACCGACACUGCCCCUCUCUGGGCAACAGCAGGUACACCUGGGAGUGCAACACCUGUGCUGGCACUGACGCUGACACUGGCUCCACCAGCAAACCAGAACCUGUGAGCCCCACAACUUCCAGACAAGUGCUGUCAACACUGUCCCAGGGCACACUGCCCCUCAAGAGCAGCUCCUCCUCUCGCCCUCGGCAGGCCCUCAAACGGGGCUGCCCAGAGCCGGACAACGACUCAGGGAUAUCGCACGGCCCACCCGCGAAACGCCGCAGGAUCGACACUGGGCCGGCUCGGAGGGCUGGUGACAGCGGCCCCAGCACUUCCACACAGGCUGUGACAGGGCUGUCUGGGGCCACUUUGGUGGCCAACAGCCAAGCUGCACGGCCACCACGUCCAUACAGGCCUCCAUGGAUCUUCCAUGCAUCCACGACGGAUAACCGCUCCCAGCCUGGGCCUGUUCGCAUGAGACACGUCCGGCGCCAACGACGGCAGGCAAAGAAGCCCUACAGCCGGCCAUGAGAACAGCAGGACACACUGCCGGCCAGCCCACAGCCCCAUCACCUUACCCAUGAAAGAUACAGAUAGAUAUAUAUGAAAAUUUGAAAGAAAUAAUAUUUUUUUACACUAGGAGAAUCACCACGCCUUUAUCAACCUGAAACUGUCCCCAAGGAGAAAGGUGACAGCAGAAGUCUCCCUCCCCACAGCUCCCCAUCACGGGCACAGGGGGGUCCAGGGCAGCCAGCGAGGAGGCAAGAACGAUGCCAGGGCGAGGCAGGAGCUCCCCAGCAGGGCUGGGCUCUGGGCACUUGCUGGGGCACCUGUGCCUGCCCUGCCCUGCAGCCAGCAGGGCACAGCCCCAGCAGGGCCCUGGCACUGAUCCUGCACGGACACUCGCCCAGCCCCACAGCCCUGCUCAUCCUGGGCACUGGCUCUCUCCUGCAGCGUGCAUGCUGUGCCACCGCACCCAGGCCAACACCGACAUCUGUGGGGACAAGACAGUGCAGUGCCAGCUCUGUGUCCACACCUACUGCCAGAUCCUCGCCACUGGGCUUUUCCCACAAGAGGACACUGGACACUUCCUCCUCGAGGACACCAGGCACAUCAUCAGAGAAGCAGCCAAGAAGAUCUGCUUCAUCUGCUGCAAGAUGGGGGCCAGCAUCACCUGCUGCCACACCAGCUGCCAGCGCACCUUCCACCUGCCCUGCGCCCCGGACGGCGAAUGUGUCACCCAGUACUUUGGUGCCUACAGGUAAGGGCAGCCCGUCCUCACCUCAGAGCCCCCUGUUCAUCUCCAAGUCCUUUCCACCUGCAGUGGCCACCCAAGGGAGGAGCCCAUGGAAAGACUUGCCAGCAACCUGACGCAGAGUCUUGGUUUAGUUUAUUUCCCCAGCAAUACACUAAUAAAUGCUGUAGUUUAAGUUUGCCGAUUUU